CUGACUAACAUAUUCUUCUCCAUUUCUAUCCAUUCCUCCUGACUGCUGGUUUUAUUAUGGACACAACAGAAAUGAUCUCCAAAGACAUUGUUUCAAUAGUAUCCCAAGAUAAGGAGGAGCCAUGGGAUGAUGAUGAAUUCCAAGAAUUGGUGCAAACUCUCCCAAAAGAAAAAAACUGGUAUGGAACUCAUCUUUAUUUCUACCAAGGAUUUUGGUGUGCAUCUCGUGUGUUUAGAGCUAUGAUUUGUUUCCAGAAACAUUUCCAAGCACUUGAUUCUGAUAUUUUUCUUACAAGUAUCCCAAAAUCUGGCACUACUUGGCUUAAGGCCUUGACUUUCUCAAUUGUGAACCGCAAUCAAUUUGCAAGGGAAGAAAAUCCCUUGCUCAGCUCAAACCCUCACCAACUUGUUCCAGUCUUUGAGUAUGAUCUUUACUUGAACAAUCCUUGCCCGGAUCUCGAAAAUAGCUGCCCUUAUCAACCAAGAAUGUUCUCAACCCAUUUACCUUAUGCUUUUUUGCCACCUUCCAUUAAAGAUUCCAACUCUAAGAUUGUCUACAUAUGUAGAAAUCCGAUGGAUAUGUUCAUUUCUUUGUGGUUUUUUACUGACAAACUUCGACCCGAUAACGUAGAGCCUUUAUCACUAGAUGAAGCAUUUGAGAAGUUUUGUCAAGGAAUGCAUGAUUUUGGACCAUUUUUUGAUCAUGUACUAGGGUAUUGGAAGGCAAGUCAAGAAAAUCCCAACCGAAUAUUGUUUUUACAAUAUGAAGAUCUCAAGGAAAACAUUAAUUUUCACAUAAAAAAAUUGGGAAAAUUCCUGGGUUUUCCUUUCUCAGAAGUGGAAGAGGAACAAGGAGUUGUAGAAGAAAUAGCAAGAAUGUGUAGCUUUGGGAACUUGAAAGAAUUGGACGUGAACAAGAAUGGCAUGCACACCUUCGGAAUUGCACACAACACCUUUUUUAGGAAAGCUGAAGUAGGAAAUUGGUGCAAUUAUCUCACGCCUUCCAUGGUGGAGUGUUUCAAGAAGCUUAUACAAGAAAAGUUAGAUAAGUCAGGUUUAACAUUCAAAUUGUCUCGUCAAAACUUUUAAAGAAGCUUUUGCCUAAUUCAAAUGAUUGUCUCUGGCUUGUUGGAUAUUCGAUGGCUGAAUCUAUAAUCUUGAUGUUGUACUUGUUGAGGCAAAUGGAAUAUUUUUAAUGAAGUUGAUCGACUUUGCAAAAGUAUUA